UUCACUAGAUCCACCAUAAAUUGGGACGAGUUUUUAUUCAUUUUUUCUAAAUCAAGUCUCAUCCGAAACUUGUAACCUUGUACGUCUUUCACCUUGUCAUUCCAUCAAAUCAAAAUUCUCAGUGUCCUUGACCCUCUGGGCCCCAAAUCCAAAUUCCUGUAAUGUAAAUCUCCUUGACUCGAAUAAUAUGCCCAUAAAGAGCGUCGCAGCCCGCCAGAUAUUCGAUUCUCGGGGAAACCCAACAGUGGAAGUAGACUUGAUCACUGACUUGGGUUUGUUCCGAGCAGCUGUACCGUCCGGAGCCAGCACUGGUGUGCACGAAGCUCUCGAAUUGCGAGACAACGACAAAAAGAAAUACCAUGGAAAAUCAGUGCAAAAAGCCAUCGAUAACAUUAACAUUAUCAUCGGUCCAGAACUGGUGAAAUCACACUUGGAGGUAACGCAACAGACGGAAAUCGACGAACUGAUGAUUAAACUUGACGGAACUGAAAACAAGUCAAAAUUGGGGGCUAAUGCCAUUCUCGGAGUGUCUCUGGCUGUGGCGAAAGCUGGUGCAGCGAAAAGGGGGCUCCCUUUGUACAAACACAUUGCCGAUUUAUGUGGGAAUAAAAAUAUUAUUCUCCCGGUUCCGGCCUUUAACGUGAUAAAUGGGGGCUCCCAUGCUGGGAACAAACUUGCGAUUCAAGAAUUUAUGAUUCUGCCAACGGGGGCAACGUCUUUCAACGAAGCCAUGAAGAUGGGGUCGGAGGUCUAUCACCACUUGAAGGAAAUCAUCAAGAAGAAGCACGGGAUGAACGCUACUGCUGUUGGAGACGAGGGUGGUUUCUCCCCUAAUCUUAAAAAAGCCGAGGACGCACUUAAACUAAUAGUGCAAGCUAUCAACAAAGCGGGUUACAAAGGACGGAUCGAAAUCGGUAUGGACAUUGCAGCCUCCGAGUUCUUCAAAAAAGGGAAAUACGACUUGGACUUUAAGAACAAGAAAUCAAACAAGGCCAAGUGGCUGACUGGUGACAAACUUCUCAAACUGUACAAAGGCUACGUGAAGAAAUUCCCGAUAGUGUCGAUCGAGGACCCGUUCGACCAAGACGACUGGAAGUUUUGGCAUUCGAUCACUUCCUCCAUGGACCGCCAAAUCGUCGGUGAUGAUCUCACAGUGACCAACCCUAAACGAAUUGAGACAGCGGUUGAGAAACAAGCCUGCAAUUGUCUCCUCCUUAAGGUUAACCAAAUCGGUUCGGUCACUGAAGCUCUAAGGGCCCAUCAGUUGGCCAAAGCCAACGGUUGGGGGACUAUGGUUUCGCACAGGUCUGGCGAGACUGAAGAUACCUUCAUUGCCGACUUAGUUGUGGGGCUUUCGACGGGGCAAAUUAAGACAGGGGCCCCGUGUAGGUCGGAACGGUUGGCCAAGUAUAACCAGAUUUUGAGGAUUGAGGAGGAGUUGGGGGAAAAUGCCAAGUAUGCAGGGAGUUCGUUUCACAAGCCGUUGUAAUAAAGUUUCAGACAAAUAAAGCUUUUAUUUUUUAUCACAAA